AUGCAAAAGGAAAAGAAAGUUGUCAAAGCAGUAUCUUGUUGGAUCAUACUUCGAAAUAUUAUGAUGUGGAUUAAUAUUCUCUUUUCUUUGACUGUAAUUGGGCUAGGUAAUGAAUGAAUUUAUUAAAAGGAAUCUACAAAUAUACUGAUGGCAAUUUUAAUAAUUUUGCAGAUGUUUUCAUUCCUUUCUAUUUGAUAUUUUUUGGAGUGUUAUUGAUAUUUGCUGAAGCAGAAUGGAUAAUAUUAAUAAAACACUUUAAAUUUUUAGACAAUUAUUUUGGAAGGUAUCUAUGACAUAAUAUGUUUUAGAGGGUUUUAUAAUAUCUUUUUAGGAACAAUGCUUCUAAAUAUCAUAAGUAUCAAUAAUGAUGGGGAAGCCGAUAGAAAUAUCACCUGGGUGUUAGUAGUUAUUGUUUCAUCAACGAUGGCCUUUGUUGGAGUAAUGGAGAUAUUUUUGUACAUUUGGCACUGCGGAGCAAAAAGUGAUAAAUAUGCAAAAUAUGAUGAAAAAUAGGAUAUGCAAUAAAAAUUACUAAAAGAGGAAGAUAAGCUGACCUAACAAAUUUCACAAAAUGUACGAAGUGAAAUUGAUAUCAAAUAUUCUGCAUCAAUGCAACCUUAAAGUGCAGUUGUAGAUUAAUCAUAAUAAAAUUAUUAAUAAUAAUAUCAAUAACCCUAUUAAUAGUAAUACUAGCCUUUUCAACAAUAAGAUAAUUAAAACUAGACAAUAUUUUAUACACCAGAGCAAAUAUAGAAAAUGUAAUAAAAUCCAGAAGAAUAUUCAAAAUGGUUAAAGCAGCAACUCUUAGUAACAGAAGCAAAGAUACCAAAAACACAAGCUCUAGAUGGGAAUUCACAAUUAUGAA